AUGAUAGACGUGGUAGUAAACGACAAAGAAACCGUCGCCGUGGCAGUAUCCCGGAACUUGUUGGGUCUCGCAAAACGCUUCGAAAAACCAGAACCCAAAACCACAAAAGAACGACGGGCAACAAUGAAACAGUUUCAUCUACCCACCUAUGAACUACCAGAUGUGGAAGAAACACAAGAUGAAGAGGAACGACGCCAUUCUUUGGAUGCUAAUCCUAGGAAG